CUUAAUGACUAAUGCAACCUGUGACAACAUUUAAAUGUAACUGAACUAACUCAACUUAAUACUAUUGUGUCGAGGACAUGUCGGUUGACUGAUAGAUUCGACAUUUGUGGAAAGCUUUAAACAGUUAUUGAAUUGCCACUGACAAUUAAUGUUCAGAAACAAUACUUGGAUUGGGUGCCGUAUUUGAAUACCAAUAUAUAAAAUAUCGUAUUGUGAGCUAAAAGCUAGGCUGUGAUCAGACUUGUGUCAUCGUACAUCUGCACAAUAUCCCACGUAUUUGCCGUCAUGUCGGAAAAGCCGCCACUCCGCCUAGAAGACAUUCCUGUGACAUACAUGACCGCAUACCUGCUUGACAAAAUCCGGCACUAUGGGGACAAGGUUGCAAUGGUCGAUGCCACAACCGAGAAAACCACGACAUAUUCGGAGCUAGUCACGCGCAUUGAACGGGCAGCUUCCGGUCUGCAGGCGAUAGGUGUGAUGAAAGAUGACGACAUCGGCGUGUUGUCACCGAAUCAUCCUGACUAUCUGGUCACGUUCUACGCAUGCGCACUGGUGGGAGCCACACUCCAACCAAUCAGCCCGAUGUAUACCAAGGACGACUUGGCCAAAGUUCUCCGAGACUGCAACACCAAGUUCCUGUUUACCGUGUCUGCUCUUUUGCCCAAAGUACAGGAAGCGACACAGGGGUUGGAACACAUUAAGGUGUUACUGUAUGGAGAAGCCGGGGGUGAUUACGAGACAUUCGAGUCCCUCCUGGAUCCGGGUCACGCCCCGUACCGGACACCGGAAUUGGAUCCGAGGACGUCUGUAGCGGCCCUUAUGUCGUCUUCCGGUACGACGGGAUUCCCUAAGGCCGUCUGUAUUUCACACUACGCUAUUGUCGCCAACACAAUCCAGCAGAUGUGUGCUGGUUUGAACAGCGAUAAGGACACAUUUGUGACGUUUUUCCCAUUUUUCCACGCGCUUGGACUCUACAUGGUGUGUUUCGUCGGCCACUGUCUAGGCGCCCGCAUCGUGAUCAUGCCGCGCUUUGAUUUUGAAACCUUUCUUCGGCUUAUAGAGAAAUAUAGGCCAAGAAAUCUGCAACUAGUUCCUCCCAUCAUGGUGCUGUUAGCGAAAAGUCCGAAGGUUUCGGAGUACGACCUAUCGUCUGUUUCCCAGAUAGCGUGCGGAGCUGCUCCACUCAGUAAGGAGAUAGAGGACUUAGUGAAAGAGAAACUAAAACUGCCGUGCAUUUUUCAAGGUUAUGGCAUGACUGAAGUAGGUGUGACCCAUUUGAACGGUCGAGGGGAGUUACGGUACAAAUCUGUAGGCAAGCUGCUUCCCCUCACAGAGAUGAAGAUUGUGGAUGUGGAGACAGGGAAGCGCGUAGGACCAGGACAGGAAGGAGAGAUCUGGAUCCGCGGACCGCAGGUAUGUGGAGGCUACCUGGGGCUUCCCGAGCAGACACGUGAACUCUUCACCAAUGACGGUUGGGUGAAAACCGGUGAUAUCGGGUAUGAGGACGAGGACGGGUACCUGUUUGUGGUGGACAGACUCAAAGAGCUCAUCAAGUACAAAGCCUUCCAGGUCGCCCCGGCAACCCUUGAAGAUAUCCUGCUACGCCAUGACGCAAUCGCUGACGUAGGCGUCGUCGGGAUGCCGGAUGUCGAGGCAGGUGAGCUCCCGCGUGCGUACGUCGUCAGGAAACAAGGCAGGGAAGCCAGUGAAGAGGAGAUUAGGAAAUUCGUUGAUGACCAGGUGGCUCCCCACAUGAAGCUGCGGGGCGGGGUGGAGUUUAUACAGGAAAUACCCAGGACCGCCUCCGGUAAAAUCCUCCGGAAAUCACUUCGGGAACUCGCGCGGGCGCUUGCAGCAAAACGACCGCCUGCUUGAUCAUGCUAUUUAUUGGGCACUACGUUUUGAAACAUUUCCAUGUGUCAAUUAACCCUUUCCCAAAUCUUGAUUAUCAAAAACAUAAAUUCCUUACAGAGUCCAAAACCCUUUCGGAGAACAUUGUACAUAUGUUAUGGUUAUAUACUUGCAUGUUUUAAGACGUUUUCAAAAAACGUACGU